AUGGACGGGGAUGUGUUAGUAAAUGCACCAGUUGUUAUAGAUAACGGCUCUGGUACUAUCAAAGCUGGGUUCGCAGGCGAAGAUCACCCUAGCUGCUUCUUUCCUUCACACGUUGGUAGACCAAAACAUGCGAGAGUUAUGGCUGGUAGCUUAGAAGGAGAACAAUUCAUCGGAAGGAAAGCACAAGAACUGCGCGGUUUACUCAAAAUUAAAUACCCAAUGGAGCACGGAAUAGUGACAGAUUGGGAAGAUAUGGAGAAAAUCUGGUCUCACAUCUAUACAGAUGAACUCAAAGCUCUCUCUGAAGAACAUCCCGUUCUGCUCACGGAAGCUCCACUCAAUCCGCGACAAAAUCGAGACAUCGCUGCACAAAUAUUCUUCGAAACCUUCAACGUACCAGCUUUGUUCACAUCAGUACAGGCAGUCCUUUCGUUGUAUUCUUCUGGUAGAACAACAGGAUUGGUUUUAGACUCAGGUGAUGGUGUUACCCAUGCCGUACCUGUAUAUGAAGGUUUCAGUAUGCCACAUGCUAUCAGAAGAGUCGAUGUUGCGGGAAGGGAUGUCACCUACAACUUGCAAAUGCUCCUAAGGAGGUCCGGAUUCAAUUUGACGACGUCAGCUGAAUUAGAAGUUGUGAGAACAAUCAAGGAGAAGUGUUGCUACGUUGCUCUCAAUCCACUUAAAGAGGAGAAAGAGGCUGCUAGUAGGGGUGACAAUGCACGCAAAGAAGAAUUCAAGCUACCUGACGGUAAUACAAUCAAACUGGGUCCUGAAAGAUUCAGAGCUCCAGAGAUUCUCUUCAAUCCAGAGCUAGUCGGCUUAGAGGAUGCAGGUGUGCACCAGGUCGUCGUUGACUCAAUAAACAGGUCAGAUCUUGACCUUCGGAAGGCCUUAUUUGGAAACAUAAUUUUAUCUGGUGGAUCAACCUUAACGAAAGGCUUCGGUGAUAGAUUGUUGGCAGAUGUCAAGCGACUAGCACUCAAGGAUGUCAAGAUUAAAAUAUAUGCUCCUCCUGAACGUAAAUACUCAACAUGGAUCGGUGGUUCUAUUUUGGCAGGUUUGAGUACAUUCAAAAAGAUGUGGAUAUCAGCUGAAGCAUUUGCUGAGGACCCAGAUAUAGUACAUAAAAGAGCCUUCUAGGCACAGAUUAAUUUAUACCCAAUUAUAUUAUAUGUGCAAAUGAUAUAAAUAAAUAUAAUUUUGUUAGAG